GUAAGAGAAGAAGGGAGGCAUUUAGAGAGAAGGGGGAGGGACAACUUGGAUGUUGAGGGGCUCGGCGGGAGGGAGGAGCGCGGGGAGCUGCGACACCAAUGCAAGUGCUCAACGACGAUCGGCAGCUGCGCUUCGACAUUCAGCAGGUGAACGUGUCAGCACCCAGCAUUGCUGACUUGGCGGUGUACUCGCUCCUUGCACAGCGUGUGACGUACACGGGCGUCUAUGUGGACAUAUCGCCAGUGCCUGGUCAGGAGUCCACGCGAGUGUUCAUCGAGUUCCGAGCCAUCCAGGUAGCGACGAACUUCGUGCACAGCGUUGCUACCUUCACCAGGGAUUUAACCAUCUUGCCAGAGCACGAUCGGGAGCCAACGUACAGGUUCUUGCGCGAAUACGCUCUCCAGCUCCCCUAUCCCAUGCGCAACUUCCCCGAGUACCUGGUGGAGCUGACGGACGUUGAGCAGUUGUCGCCCUCUGACGAGGACGCGUGGGAGCUGCAUCGGGUGCUGUAUUCAUCGGUGGUGCUGGGCAUGUUUACGUUCUUCGUGGAGUACGAAGUUCAUAACAUCGGCGAAUUUCUAGCUUCGGCUUGGCAAUUACGUAGUAUACGUAUAGAAAUUCUACCAUCGGAUCCGUAUCUUCAGUGGAGUGCAUGCUUGGAAGAGCCUGGGGACGAAGACUCUCUACCAUCGCGGCAGGGGUAUCUGAAGCCAUACGGCCUCGUCAAUCACGCUUUCUAUCCGAAGGCGGGGGAGGUGGUGAUAGACGAAGAGGAAGGUGACGACGACGAGGAAACAUCGGAAGAGGGAAGCUAUAGCAAGUAUAGCGAGGGCGAGCAGAGCGAAGAAGAAGAAGAGGAAGAAGACACCGGGUCUGAGUGGGAAGCCUUGUCGGAGGAAGCGACGCGUACUGGCACGGAGGCGGAAGAUCCUGAGGCAGCGCGCAAGCGGGAAGAAAUUACCACCGGAAAACGCCAGCUGGAGUUUGCCAGCGGAGCAAGUCUGCGCUUCGGUGACGAUCCAACCAGGGAUCCGGAGCCGCCGAAGCCCGAAGAUGGCGACCAAGCAGCCGCCACCCCAAGCACCUCACGGCGGAGACGGAGUCGAUCCUCCUCCCCUUCCAGCCCCACCCGUCCCCCAGUUCGUCCACGUACCGAUGCGGGGGAUAGGCCUUCGUCCCCGGUCACUAUCCCGCCGUCCCCUUGAUUACCUCACCCUCGAGCAUAUCCACACCCCUGUCACCUUCCCCCGCCACCCCUUCCCUCCCCAUCGCUUCCGUGAUUUCUACUCUACGCGCCUAAUCGCUAC